AGUUUGCUUCAACGGCUACAAGAGCGAAAUAUCAAAGGCAAACUAAUUAUGCGGGGAUUCUCCGUUGUAUAGUAAAAAUAUCUGAAACUACUUCUGAAUGAAAAUGGCCGAAACGCGGGCAAGCAAAAAGGAUAAAAACCAACACAUUCAAGUCUUCGUUCGUGUCAGACCAGCAAAUGAUGCAGAAAAGUUGGGUAAAUCCUCAACAGUGAUAGAAGUAUCUUCUAGCAAAGACAUUAUCGUGUAUGAGAAACCUCCGGACAAGCUUUCUAAGAAAUUCACGUUUGAUAAAGUUUUUGGACCUUUCUCCAAACAGGUCAGUAUUUAUCAAGCGGUGGUCAGCCCUUUAGUGGAAGAAGUUUUAGCAGGCUAUAACUGUACAGUUUUUGCUUAUGGACAAACUGGUACAGGUAAAACUUUUACCAUGGAAGGUGUAAGCAAUGACCCAUCUUUGUACUGGAAUAGUGACACAAAUGCAGGAAUCAUACCUCGCUCGUUGAGUCAUUUAUUUGAUGAACUGCACACAUUGGAUGUGCAGGAAUAUUCAGUACGCGUCAGUUUUCUUGAAUUAUAUAAUGAGGAGUUAUUUGAUCUUCUCGCUUCAAACGACGACAUAUCUAAAAUAAGAUUGUACGAGGAUGCUUGUAAGAAAGGGGCCGUUAUAAUCCACGGAUUGGAAGAAGUGACAGUUUACAAUAAGUGCGAAGUGUAUAAGAUACUCGAAAAAGGUUCAGAAAAAAGGCAGAAAGCCGCUACUCUUAUGAAUGCACAAUCCAGUCGGUCUCACACUGUAUUUUCAAUUACAAUACACAUAAAAGAAAAUACAGUCGACGGAGAAGAAUUAUUGAAAACGGGAAAAUUGAAUUUGGUCGACUUGGCGGGAAGUGAAAAUGUAGGAAGAUCCGGCGCUGUGGACCGAAGAGCAAGAGAAGCAGGAAAUAUCAAUCAGUCUCUACUAACCCUUGGUAGAGUAAUUACUUCGCUUGUUGAGCGAGCACCACAUAUUCCUUAUCGAGAGUCCAAAUUGACAAGAUUACUUCAAGAGUCUCUCGGAGGUCGUACCAAAACUUCAAUAAUCGCUACUGUGUCACCAGCUAGUAUUAAUUUGGAAGAAACACUUUCCACUUUGGACUAUGCACAUCGGGCAAGAAACAUUACGAAUAGACCAGAACUCAAUCAAAAAUUAUCCAAGAAAGCAUUUCUCAAAGAAUACACUGAGGAAAUCGAAAGACUGCGACGCGAUCUUCUGGCUACCCGAAAUCGCAAUGGGGUUUAUUUAGCAUACGAAAAUUUUAAUAACAUGCGAGUUAAAAUAGAUUAUAUGGAGAAAGAUAUCACUGAUAAGAUCAAUCACAUCAAGGCUCUGGAAGAACAGAAGAAUAAAAAGGAUGAAAUUUUUAACAACUUACAAACUGCUUAUCAAGUCAGUACAAACGAUUUAUAUAGAACACAAACAGAACUUACGAAUAUUGAAGGUAUUUUGAAAGUAACUGAAAGCGAAUUAACGAAGACUAAACAGAAACGUGAUGAAACUGCAUACUUAGUUGAAAAACAUGCUGCAACUGAAAAACUUCUCUCAUCCCAAGCGCAUCAGUUACUAGAAGUUGCCGAUAUUGCUAUCAAUGACACUCAUAAGCUCUGUGACGUAAUUAGUCGCAAAACUCAAGUGGAACAAGAAAAUGAAAAACUCAAACAGCAAUUUCAGCAAGACAUCACGAAGGGAGUGGAAGAAAUUGAGAAAGACUGCAUCGAAUAUCUCCAUAAUUUACUGCAAGUUUGUAUAAACACGAAAAACGAUAUAGGCUUACAACUGAGAGUACAAAAUACAGGCAUCGACACUACAAUUCAACAUAUCUGUAAAGAUCUUGUUAACAGGCAAUCUAUGGCACAGUUAUCUUUAAUUGAACAUACAGAUUGUUCUUUCAACACGUACCAAGCUUGGAUAAAUGAACACCUGCAAAACAUUACCACUGUAUCUGAUCACGAAAUUCAACUUCUCAAUGAAAUAUCUCUGAUGUUGGCAUCAAAACUUGAGAAUCUAAUUGAAGCUACCAUGCAAAAAAAGUUGCAAACCUUAUCUGCAUGCGUAACAGAAAAAUUGGAAGAAAUGUCUAUAUACAUUGAAAUUGCAAAGAAAGAUAUUUGCCAUAAUUUGACAAUGAGUAGGCAACGGCUGUCACAGAACAUCACAAACGUUAAGGCGCACAUCCUAGCAGUACAAACCAAAGAAAGCGAGAUACUUCAGAAUAGCAAAUCAUUCAAAGGGGAAUUUGAGAAUUUAUGUAAUCAAUUUACGGCCAUGUGUAAAUCGAACGAAGCAAAUUACACAGAGGUUACUAACAUUUUAAUGAACAUUGGCAAAAUCAAUGACAAUAUUAAUACUGAUGCAAUUGAAUCAUGUCAAAACAUUGUACAAAGUGAACAAUGCUAUGAGGAUAGAGUCAAAGAAGAAAUUCACGUUGUCAAGAAUGAAGUACAAUUUGGUGUUAAUGAGGUUGUAUCGAUAGUAGAUACUCAUCGGUAUAAAUUAGUAGAUGAACUACAAACCCAACUUCAAGACAGCAGUACAGUUUGGAUUAAACAUUGUGAAGUAGCUAAACAGCGUACAGCUAAAUUACAAGAAGUAAUUCAACAGGAGCGGCAAAAAAUAUUGUCAAGUGCUCAAGUGUUAGAACAAUUAGUUGCAAAUGCUAGUGUAAAUCAUGAUGAAUUUUUGGAGUCCCAACGAAGUAAAUCCAGGCAAUUUAAUCAUGAAUUGCAGCAUAAACUUGAGGAACAGAGUUUAAGAGCCACUCGGUGGGCAACUGAUGUCGCUGCUAAAUUACGCAUAACACUACAUCAAGUUGAUAAAUUCAUUACUGAAGACGUCCAGAGAGAUAUUCCCACAGGAAGUACACCAGUGAAAACGGAGUAUCGCUAUCCAAAAGAGCUCGCUGAAACCUCACCCCAUCAGCGAAUAAUUCAACACUUUCGUGCCUCAAUAAACGACACCGUCAUCAGUAAUGAGACCUGCCACAACGAAAACAACAGAGAAGAGCAUGUAAAAUCUCGGAUUGUUCAACCAAAGCGGAUAAUACUUACAUUUAAGUCGUCUGAUCUACUUGAUCGAAGUGUUUUUGGGAUGCAUAACUAAAUGAAGUCCAACCUUUCGAUUGUUGUGUUUAUUAUUCAAUUUUAUUUGCUUAGGCUGGCCAGAAGCACACUAUCAGGUAGAAAUCUACUUCUGAUAGCUUUGAAUUUUAUAAAUCAGAUAUAAUAAGACUUUGUUUUUAGCAUAUAUAAAAGAUUAGU